AUGCAGCGAUGUCCAUUGAACCUGCUUAGGCUUCCCAGCACUAUCAGAUCUCAAUAUGCAUCCCAUUUCCUUCCUCUCUCCUUCCCGCGAACAUUCACCACAUCGGUAACACGAUAUGCUAUUGCUAAGAAAAUCGUUGGGGAUCUAGAACGUCGCAUCCAAGCUAUACCUAUUGAACGAUUCCGGAACUUCUGCAUCGUAGCACAUGUAGAUCAUGGAAAAAGUACACUUAGUGAUCGAUUACUCGAAUUAACGGGCACGAUCCAACCUGGUGGCGAUAAACAGAUCCUGGAUAAGCUGGAAGUGGAACGGGAAAGAGGUAUUACUGUUAAGGCGCAAACAUGUAGUAUGUUAUGGAAUCAUGAAGGGGAAGAUUAUCUACUUCACUUGGUCGAUACACCGGGACAUGUGGACUUUCGAGCUGAGGUUUCGAGAUCUUAUGCUAGUUGCGGAGGAGCGCUGUUACUAGUAGAUGCAAGUCAGGGAGUACAAGCUCAAACGGUUGCGAAUUUCUAUUUGGCAUUUUCACAAGGUUUGACAUUGGUACCAGUGGUUAAUAAGGUGGACCUACCGACUGCGGAUUCACCAAGAGCAUUACAGCAGAUGGAAGAAGCAUUUGAACUAGAGCCCGAGAAUGCAGUUUUAGUCAGCGCAAAGACAGGAUUGAAUGUUCCAGCCAUCCUUCCAAAUGUUAUCAAACAAAUCCCAGCACCAGUUGGCGAUCACACUAAGCCACUGAGGUUAUUGUUAGUAGAUUCAUGGUAUGAUAACUAUAAGGGCGUUAUUCUACUGGUUAGGAUUUUUGAUGGAACGAUCAAGGCUGGUGACCAAAUUGUGAGUUUUGCAACCGGAAUCAAAUAUUUCGUGGGUGAGGUAGGAAUCAUGUAUCCGGAUCAGACACCUCAAACUAUUUUGAGAGCUGGGCAGGUUGGAUAUAUCUACUUCAACCCUGGUAUGAAGAAAAGUCAAGAGGCUUUAAGUGGUGAUACCUAUACCACUGUUGGCUCAGAACAUCUAGUCGAGGCAUAUCCUGGCUUCGAGGAGCCAAAAUCUAUGGUUUUUGUGGCAGCAUUCCCAGUUGAUCAAAGCGACUAUCAUCAUCUGGAGGAAUCCAUCAACCAAAUCGUACUCAACGACAGAAGUGUGACUUUACAAAAGGAAUCUUCAGAAGCACUUGGUGCAGGAUGGCGUUUAGGGUUCCUUGGUACUCUUCACUGCUCGGUAUUCGAAGAUCGUCUCCGUCAAGAGCAUGGCGCAAGUAUCAUCAUCACACCACCCACCGUGCCCUUCAAAGUUAUCUGGCGCGAUGGGACAGAAUCCAUCAUCCAAAACCCCGCCCUCUUCCCCGAACAAGAAACCACACAUCAACGUGUCCAAGAACUUCAAGAACCCUACGUCUCAGCGACAAUCACUCUCCCGGAAGAAUAUCUCGGAAAGGUAAUCGAACUCUGCGAAUCAAACCGCGGCGAGCAAGUCGAUCUCACCUUCUUCACCGCCACCCAAGUAAUUCUCAAAUACGACAUUCCCCUCGCCCAACUCGUCGACGAUUUCUUCGGAAAACUGAAAGGCGCAACGAAGGGUUACGCAAGUCUCGACUAUGAAGAUGCAGGUUUCCGCAGGAGUAGUAUUGUGAAACUCCAACUGCUCGUUAAUAAAGGUCCAGUGGAUGCCGUGGCAAGAGUAGUACACACAAGUCAGACGGAAAAAAUAGGCAGACAAUGGGUUACGAAAUUCAAGGAACAUGUCGACAGGCAAAUGUUUGAGGUUAUCAUUCAAGCGCAAGCGGGAAAAAGAAUUGUAGCGAGAGAAACGCUCAAACCAUUUAGAAAAGAUGUAUUGCAAAAGUUACACGCAAGUGAUAUUGGACGAAGGAGAAAGUUGUUGGACAGACAGAAGGAGGGAAGAAAGAAGUUGAAGGCGGUAGGCAACAUUGCGAUUGAGCAUGAGGCUUUCCAGAAAUUUUUGGCGAAAUAA